AUGUGCCUAAUAAAGCGUCUCAUCGCACUACAGGACGACUGGGUAACAGUGCCGGGCGGCAGCGAUGACGCCAGCACCAGCGGCAGUGGCGCCAGCAGGGGUGAUGACGUCAUCAGGCGGAUUCCUAAGGGCCACUGCUGGGUGGAAGGGGACAAUGCUGAUGUCAGCGAGGAUUCUAAGCACUUUGGCCCGGUGCCACUGGCGCUGUUGGAGGGUAAGGUGCGCUGCAUCGUGUGGCCUCCCCACAGAAUAGGCGGAGUGGAGAGUCGAUUGCCUGAGGGGAGAGUGCUGCCAUUGAGGCAACAACAUUAG